AUGCCUCUCCCUUUUUGGACACUCGGCUGCAUCUACGGGGCCUCCUCCGUCACCCUCGGUGCGUUCGGCGCCCAUGGCCUAAAGAAGAAGAUCGCAGACCCAGCGCGGAUUGCGGACUGGAACACAGCAGCUCACUACCAACUCGUUCACUCCGGCGUCCUCCUCCUCUCCAGCGCCGUUGCCCCGAAAAACACACUCGCAGCCAGUUUGUUCGUAGCAGGCAUGACUAUGUUCAGUGGUGGCAUAUACUUGCUUGUGCUUGACCCGCAGAGGUUCAAAGCAUUGGGGCCGGUUACACCCUUGGGAGGGCUGUGUUUGAUUGGAGGAUGGGUGGCAUUGGCUUUCGGGAAGAGGAUUCCAUUCCCUAGAUGA